CGUUUGACUUAUUUAUUGCAAGCGCCAUCUCCAACGUUUUACGGGCUUUCUUUUCAUCUUUUAUCUCUUGAAACCCUACUAUUUUUAUGAACAGCAGUAUGCAAGCACGCAGUGACGAAACACCAGUUCAUCGAAACCAGAUCAAGCGACCUCCACAGACUGAUUAUUCCUUUGAGGCCAAUCUCGGCUAUCAAGACCAUGGAUGGUAUGGUACAAUGAUGAACUGUCUAGGUUCGAUUUGCGGUGGUUUGGGAAUGGUCCCUUGCUUAUGCUGCUUUCCAAACCCGUUCAAAGAAGUCGACCAAGGUCAUGUUGGUCUAGUAACACGCUUUGGCAAGUUUUACAAGUGUACCAACCCGGGUCUAGUAAAGGUAAAUCCUUUGACCGAGUCGGUGCACCAUAUCGAUAUCAAGAUGCAAAUCAUCGAGAUUCCAAAGCAGAUUAUUAUGACCAAGGACAAUGUCAAUGUGCGAAUUGACAGCGUGGUGUACUGGCAUAUUGAAAACCCGUUCCGAGCGGAAUUUGGCGUUCGCAGCGUGCGAAAGGCACUUACAGAGCGCACACAAACAACGCUGCGCCAUAUCCUUGGUUCCAAAACAUUGCAAGACUGUAUUGAGAACAGAGAGGCUAUUGCCAAAGCGAUUCAAGACGUGACCAAACCUGUUGCGAAACAAUGGGGUGUCAAGAUCGAAUCUAUCCUGAUUAAAGAUCUCCAACUUUCUGGAGAGCUGCAAGAGUCCGUCUCUGCUGCUGCACAGGCCAAGCGCGUUGGCAAUGCUAAAGUCAUCAGCGCCCGUGCUGAAGUCGAUUCCGCUAAGCUGAUGCGUGCUGCUGCUGAUAUUUUAAGCACACCCGCAGCUAUGCAGAUUCGCUAUCUCGAAACGAUGCAGACUCUAUCAAAAAGCUCAGGAACGCGCAUCGUCUACCUGCCCUCCGAUGCAGACAAUCAAGGAGGAGGAGGUUCGUUCGGCCGAAUGCAGGCGGCGGCUUACCAGGAACUAUCGAACCCUCAUAACUUCAAAUAG